AUGCUUGACCUCAAACCCGAAUAUCUCGAGUUGGUCAAGACUAUCGUCGGCCGAUACUUUCCCGAUUGCGAAGUCCGGGCAUACGGUUCAAGGGUCAGUGGCAAUGCUCGCAAAUAUUCUGAUCUUGACAUCUCGAUUGUCGGGCCGGACGAACUCGAUCGACGCCAAUUGAUGGAUCUGAGAAACGCGUUUGAUGAAUCCGACCUUCCGAUCCGUGUCGACAUCCACGACUGGCACAAGACAUCAGAAAGCUUCCAGAAAAUCAUCGAAGAACGGUACGUCGUAAUCCGAUGA